AUGCAGGAGGACGAAAAGCAUGCGGCCGCGGCCAGCCGGGAGGAGAAGGGUAAGUCGCGAGCGCCCGCCGAAUUGGACGAAGAAGAAGCCGAGGAGCCACCACGAGAGGACAAAGAAACUGGUGCCACGACGAAUGCGACGAAGAGGAAGAAGAAGCUGCUCAUGAUCACCACGGGCACGCGCGGCGACGUGCAGCCGUUCCUGGCUCUCGCGCUCGAGCUCCAAAAGGAGGACAAGUGGGAUGUGGCCAUCGCUACACACGGAUGCUUCGCCAGCUUUGUCGAGGAGCACACGGCCGGAACGGUGCGGCUGUACCCCUUGGAAGGCGACCCGGGCGCCAUUCUGCACUCGGACCAGUUCGUCAAGGCCGCCUACGAGGGAGGUAUGAUGGACAUGGCCAACAUUCUUCUCGAGGAGACGAAGAAGGUGGCCGAGAUCAACUACCGCCUGAGCUGGGCCGCGGCGGACGACUACCGCCCCGACCUGAUUCUGGCCAGCGCCGUCUCCAUCAGCGAGGGUUUGGCGAUUGCGCAGAAGUUGAGGCGCCCGUUGGUGAUUGGUGCUUCCAUCCCGUUGUACCCGUCGCGCGAGUACGCCCUGGUGACGGUCCGGGCCAAGCCCUUUUCGGUCGGCGUCUUCAACCUGAUGCUCCACUGGCUCGUCUUUAAGACUGGUUGGGCUCUUACGGGGGGGCCGAUGAUCAACAAGUUCCGCAAGGAGCUGGAGCUGCCGCCGCAGAAGUCCUACCACAUGGACGCCGCGCCCAUGCUAUGCUUCUACAGCGAAGAGGUAGCUCCGCGCGCGCAUGACUGGCCCGAGUUCGUGAGGGUCACCGGCUACUGGACCAUACGGCCCUCAUCCGACCAACAGCUUCCGGAGGAAGUUGAAGACUUUUUGAGCGCGGGCGCUCCGCCGGUGUACAUGGGCUUCGGGUCGAUGCCGCUCAAGGACGCCCGGGCGACCGCCACUCAAUUCGUGGCUGCGCUGGAGCGCCUGGGCAUGCGGGGCAUCCUGUGCAGCGGGUGGUCCAAGGAGGGCUUCCACGAGGCCACGCAGGGCCACCCCCACGUGCUCCUUGUCAAAGACGUGCCCCACGAACUGCUCUUCCCUCGCUGCUCCAUCGCGAUCCACCACGGAGGCGCUGGGACCACGGCUGCUAGUCUACGGGCCGGCAUUCCCACGAUCAUAUUUCCCUUCUUCGGUGACCAGCCCUUUUGGGCGCACAGGCUGGCCGAGCUGGGCGUGGGUCCGCCGGAGGUGGUGCCGCUGAAGGAGAUGACGCAGGAAUCGCUCGAAGCUCAGAUCGUCGCUACCGCCUCUGAUGACAUCAAACACAAGGCCGCCCGAUUGGGGGAGGUGCUUCGCUCGGAAGAAGAGGACGGCGUGCGGGUGGCGGCCAAGUGGCUCGACAUGUACAGCAGAGAGACGCGCACCGCACCGAGCAGCGACCAACCAGAGCCGCACAUGCGUUGGGUUCCAGACGAAGAAUGCCAGGGCUGCGCAAAGGCGUUUGGCUUGUUGUUGAACAGGCGACAUCACUGCCGCGUGUGUGGUGGCAUCUUCUGCGCAAGCUGUCUCACCCAACAGCGCCUUCUCAACUAUCCAUUCAACCAGCCUCAGCUUGUCUGUGGCCCAUGUACCCCUCACCAGUUGGCUGUUUAA